AUGGCUGGCCAUCGAUGCAAUGACGCCUUGAUGUGUCUCAUAUUCCUGGCAAGUUUGGGAGAACUGGGCCUGAAGUGGUUCGAAAGACUCCCGGAGGGGAGCAUCAAGGGGUGGCAACAACUAGCAGAGGCCUUCAUCACCAGAUUCAAAACCAACACUCGAACACCGAAGGAGGUCGACCAUUUCCUGAGCGUCAAGAUGGAAUCUGGAGGUUCUUUAAAGGCAUACAAUGCCAAGUACUGGGAAACUUACAAUGAGAUCCUCGAUUGCCCCACCAAUCUGGCAAUCGCCCAAUACAAACGAGGUCUCCCAGUCAGACAUAGGCUACGAGACUCGCUCAUGAUGUGCCAGCCCACAACCAUGGAAUCUUUGAUGCAGCAGAUCAAGGAACAUAUCCGAGUAGAGGAUGAUGCUGUUACCGCCACCGCAACUAGGAAGGCAAAUUCGGUUGCGGUGGACAGAAGAAUUGCUGGGAAGGUUCACUCGGUGGGGUAG